ACAGGAUCUUUGAACAGGAUAGACACGCGACUGAACGAAUGAACCGGAGACAUCUUACCCUUUCUCUCUCGCUUGAAUAUAGACUUGAGAAUUGAGAUCCAAGCCAAACCUUGUAUCAAUAUCAGAGAGCGUAACACUUCUUCCUGCAGCCAUCGAUCUUCAGUGUUAAAGAGCCCUGAAGUCUGAACAACAAACAGCAAGCCGCUCUUCUUCCAAUUCAGUCGUUGUCACAAACAACGCUGCAACAACAAUCUUGGAAUACCAGCUGACAGAUCUAACAAGCUAAGGAAUAUCCUUCGAGAGAGAAGGUAGUAGCAUGGACAACGCCACGGGGGUUCCCAAGCUUAUGUCCCUCGAGCUAUUAGAAGAAAUUACAGAUGGUUUCUCUAAGCACCGAAAACUUGGAGGGGGUGCAUAUGGAGAUGUUUAUCUGGGAGAGCAUAAAGAUGGAGUAAAGAUUGCUGUGAAGGUGCUUAAAGACGUCUUAGACUUGGACGAUGAGCAAUUUGAAAAGGAGUAUCGCAACCUUGCAAUUCUAGAGCACAAAAAUGUUGUCCGGUUAGUUGGCUCUUGCAAUGAAACCAAGGGAGAACAUGUAUCUCUUAAUGGAAGGAUGUUUUUUGCUGAAAAGAUUAGGAGGAUGCUGUGCUUCGAGUAUAUGUGCAACGGAAGCCUUGAUAAUUUUAUUUAUGAUGAAUCUAAUGCAUGUAAUUGGCAUACACGCUAUGCAAUAAUUAAGGGGAUAUGCGAGGGCUUGGAAUACCUUCAUGAGAAAUUAAAACCUGAUCCAAUGUUUCAUUUAGAUUUAAAACCAGCCAAUGUAUUGUUGGACGAGAACAUGUCACCAAAAAUCGCAGAUUUCGGCGUGUCAAGGCUGUUUUUGGAAGAAAAAACAGGAAAGACAAACAGUAAUCUAGGAACACUUGGGUACAUACCACCAGAGUACAUAAACGGAGGUUUGAUCUCAACUAAGUUUGAUAUAUUCAGCUUGGGUGUCCUGGUCAUAAAGAUAAUGAUGGGACAAGAAGCCUACUUCACAAUUGAUGAAAUGUCUUCCCAAGAGUUUGCUGAUCUCGUACACAUGAACUGGAUGAGUAGGCUACAAGGGCCACAUGCGUAUUCUAUACAAACAAGGAGUUGCAUCGAAAUAGCUCUAAGUUGUGUUGAGAAAGAUCGACGCAAAAGGCCAAGUAUUGGUGCAAUCGUCAGUAAUCUAAAUCAGACAGAGUAUGGAAUCCAGAUUUUUGAGGCACUAAAAAAUGGCUUGGACCACCAGUUGUGCCCUUGCAUUUGCAAUGAGAAUGAGAUGCUGCAUAACCUGGAAAGCAAAUCGAUCUCUUACCCACUCCAUGUAACUGACAAUAAUGGUAGGGUGCACGAAGCAACAAUAACGACUGCUGGUAACACGCCAACCUUUCAGCAGCCGGUUAAACCGAGAAUCAAGAUCAUAGACACCAUGGAGAGUUCGGGAUACAAUACUGCAAUAGAUACACAUUCAACAAAGCCCUGGAUAUUGGUUGGUUGUAACAAUGGAAAUAUCUUUAUUUGGAACCAUCGAAACCAGACAAAAGUGAUGACAUUCCAAGCUAAAACAGGACUGCUGACAUUCGGAGGUAAAGAAAUCAUUCGGGCAGCUAAAUUCGUUGAGCCGUUAAUGGGUUUUGUGGCCGGCGAUGAUCAAGGAUACAUCCACGUGUACUCAUACAUAACAAUGGAGAAGCUGCAGAAGUUUAGAGGUCACGCGGAACGCGUCACCUCACUGGCGGUUCACCCUAGUGAGCCAUUAGUGCUCUCGGCAUCUUGGGACGAGCUGAUCAAACUUUGGAACUGGGAGGCUGGCUGGCAGUGCAUAAGGACAUUCCAAGGACACUCAAACUGUGUGGUUCAAGCCAAGUUCAACCCGCAGACUGCGGGAAACACUUUUGCUAGUUGUUCACUUCACUCCACGAUAAAGUUUUGGAACAUGGAUUCUCCUACUCCCGUCGCCUCAUUCGUGUGCGAUCAAGGAUUUGCUUUGGCUCUUGAUUAUUUCUGCCCGGGCGGGGCUUUGCAGUAUUUGGUUACACACAGUGCGUUCAGGGGGAGUGCACAGAUCUGGGAUUUGCAAUCAAAUACAUGUAUCAAACUUAUCAACGGACUCCAAAAAUGGGGCUGUAAUAUUGCUGUGGUUGAAGGUCCCUCGGGUCGUCCGAUUCUGCUUACAGUGUCAGAGGACCACACUGUUGCUUUUUGUAACUCAACAACUCACAGGUAUGAGAAUAGGGUUAAUUUUAAUAUGGGACGUGUCAAGGGCUUCGCAUGCAUUAAAAUGACUAAAAGCCUCGCCAUCGCGUGUGACGAGGGAAUUGCAAUCAUGGAAAUCGAUUAAUCAUCCACGAAGAUCCAUCAUCUAAUGAAGGUGACAGCGGCUGCUUUUGACGUUCACUCGGUACACUGUAUGAUACCAUCCUUCGUGGAUCGUCUGGUAUCAGUCAUCAUGUAUGCAGUGCGCAUUGGAAUAUUCGUGGAUACCAUCAUCUUGGUAAUAACGGAACCAAAGAAUUAAUGUUAACAUUGUCUACUUUUUUUUGUGCGUCACCACAUUCUUCGUGCA